CUGCCCCCCCGAGGCCGAGCUCCGCGCCUUCACGCGCUGCCUGGUGGAGCUGCUGGCGGUGUGGGGCAGGGGCAGCGUGCGGGCGCUCGAGCUGCUGCCGCUGCUGCGGGUCCUGCCCAACCCGGGGCUGCGGGAGCUGCUGCGCCUGGUUGAGCGCCGCGACGCCUUCGUGGAAGCUCAGAUCCGGCGGCACGAAGGAGUGCCCGUCCCCCCCGGGGACACGGUUCUGGGGGUGCUGCAGGGACGGGACCCCCGUGUCCGGGGAGGUCCCUUGAGCCCCCCCCGCCUCCACAUGGCCCUGGUCGAUCUCUUCAUCGGGGGCACCGAGACCACGGCUGCUGCGCUGGCCUGGGCCGUCGCCUUCCUGCUGCACCGCCCCGAGCUGCAGGAGCGGCUGCGGGCAGAGCUGCGGCGGGAGCUGGGUCCCCACGGGACCCCCCAGGCGGGGGACACCGGGCGCCUGCCCCUCCUCCACGCCACCGUCACCGAGACCCUGCGGCUCCGGCCCCCCGCCCCCCUGGCCCUGCCCCACUGUGCCCGCCGCCACACCAGCGUCGGGGACAUCACGGUGCCGGCUGGCUCCAUCCUGGUCCCCAACCUCCUGGCUGCCCAUCAGGACCCCGACACCUGGCACCACCCCGAGGACUUCCUGCCCGAGCGGUUCCUGGAGCCGGGGGCUCCCUGGCGGGCGCUGGUGCCGUUCGGCUGCGGGGCCCGAUCCUGCCUGGGGGAGGGGCUGGCACGGGCCGAGCUCUUCGUCUUCCUGGGCAAGAUCCUGCAGGAAUUCCGCCUGGAACCCCCGGCGGGGGUCCUGCCCUGCCUGGACGUAUCGGCAGGCACCGUCCUGCGCUGCCCGCCCUUCCGCGUCCGCAUGGUGCCCUGCCAACCCCCUGCCUAACCAAGCGCGGGCUCCUGGGACUGGGCCGCUAUGCCUGGUGCUGCCUGCUGCCUGCACUCCUGGCUGCCUGGUGCUGCUCCUGCCUGCACUCCUGGCUGCCUGGUGCUGCCUGCACCCCAGCUGCCUGCACUCCUGGAUGCCUGGUGCUGCUCCUGCCUGCACUCCUGGAUGCCAGGUGCUGCCUGCUGCCUGCACUCCUGGCUGCCUGGUGCUGCCUGCACCCCAGCUGCCUGCACUCCUGGACGCCUGGUGCUGCUCCUGCCUGCACUCCUGGAUGCCUGGUGCUGCCUGCACCCCCAGAUACCUGGGUGUCCCCCCCUCACCGCCCCAACACCUGGUUCACCGGGGGGCGGGGGUUACAGGCAACCUUUAUUCCCCUCCACCCCUCCAUAAAAGCUUCGCCUC